AUGGCCGCCCUCACGCCCGCCCAGGUCGAGCUUGCAAGCUCCCUGACCCAGGACGAGCUGCCUACGAAACUGCGAUGCGCAAUCUGCAGCAAGCUCGCAGUCAACGCUUUCCGACUGCCCUGCUGCGAGACUGCCAUAUGCGAGAGCUGCCAAUCCACACUGCCGUCUUCGUGUCCCGUAUGCGAGCACUCGCCUGUCUCUGGCGACGACUGCACCGUCUACAAGUCGCUCCGAACCACUAUCAGAGUCUUCCUGAAGACCGAAGAGAAGAAGCGCGAGGCUGCCCGCCCCAAGGCCAACGGCUCUGCACCUCCCACCCCCGUCGAGCCAACACCCACACCCACCCCGGCCCUCGCAAAACCUCCCGCCGGACCAAUCCAAGAGUCUCCUGCUCCGGUCAAGGACGAGCACACGCCCGCACCAACCGAGCCUGACCAGUCCGCGACGGCAGAUGACCAAAUCGCCCGCGACAAACCUAGCGACAUCCCCACGCAACAUGGCCAGCCUACGUCGGAACAGUCAGGCGAUCAAGGUGCCAGUGGUGGAGAGGAGCAAGCUCUGGUGCCCAGUGGUCAGGAUGAUGCCGAUGCCCAGCCCCUGGAUAGCAUCAACGAGGGUGCGGAUGGCCAGGAUCCCGAAGACCAGGAGGGGCAAGGCUUGGACGAGGAGUCCGACAUGAACGGCGACUACAGCGGAAUGAACUUCAACGCAGGCGAGAUGAACCCCAUGCAACUCCAGAUGAUGAUGAUGCAGAACGGAAUGAACCCCGGCGCCUUCGGGGGGUUUCCGAUGAUGGGAAUGGGUAUGAACAUGGACCCGUCGGCGAUGCAGAACAUGUACAUGAACGGAGGCUUCGGGGCGCAAGGCAUGGGCAUGAGCGGCAUGAACAUGAUGAAUAUGGGCAUGAAUGGCUUCAAUGGGGGCAACAAUGGCUGGAACGAUCAGCAAUCCUGGCAAGAUAAUUUCAAUCCAAAUGCUUCUGGCAUGGGCAAUGGUGACUUUGGCAACAAUUUUAACCCUGGCUACCGUGGAGGCUACAAUCAAGGUAACUAUGGCAAUAACCAGUACAACGCCUUCGGCCGAGGAAACUACCGUGGACGAGGCGGACGUGGCCGCUGGUACAAUAACCAGGGCUUCGGCCAUGCCGGCUACAACCAGGGAUACGGCCCUCGCCACCAGGGCCAGCAGAUGUGGGCUGGCAAGAUCGCCCAGCAGUCUGCCGGCUACGAGGAACAGCAGAACGACGCCGAGGGGUCCGGCGAGGUACAGAAGGGUGCCAAUACCGACGAAUUUGGAAGGGCAAUCCGCUCAGGAGAGGACCAGGCUGGAACCGACGGGCAGAACGGGGAGCACGCGGAGAGUGGUGACACGGGCAACGGUAUCCAGGACAGCACAGGACAAGUACCUACAAGCAAUGCCCCAGGAGAAGCUCAUGAUGACUCUGCCGUGGCCAAUGGUGAUGUUCUCCCUGCAGCUCCGUAUUCACGCUCACAUGGCCCUUCGUAUGGCAUGGGCGUCAUGCCCCCCACUGCGCCUGCUGCACCAGCUGCACCGCUGAAUGCACCAACCGGACCCAAGGCGAUGCGUCAGGGCUUACCAAACACCAGUACCCUUCACCUUCGCGCUCGAGGCUUCAUUCAAGACCCAGUCCCUACUCUCACCAAGUCCCCGGUUGUGGAGAGCCCUAUUCAGGACGGCAGAUCCCACUCCAAAGGUCGUAGCCGCAGCCGAAGUCGGAGCCGCAGCAAGGAUCGUAAAGAGACCCGUCGACACAGGCGGCACCGAUCCGAAUCAGCCUCCGGCGACGACCGCGACGAUGACAGCCGACGUCGCAGACAUAGAAGUAGGCGGUCGACAAGGGACGAGGAUGACUACAAGGGCCGUUCCAGGGACGACAAACAUGAUGACAGAUCCCGCUCCGCGUCCCCAGACCGGGACCGCGACCACAAGCGCUCCGGACAUCGUAGUCAUCGUGACCGGGAUAGGGACCGGGAUCGGGACCGGGACAGCGAUCGCGACUACCGCAAGAAGUCGAGCCACCGCUCACACCAUGACUACGAUCGGGAACGUGACAGAGAUAGGGAGAGGGAGCGAGACCGCGAUAGAGCUCGGGAUAAGGACCGCAGAAAGGACCGCGACCGGGAGCGUGAUCGGGACCGUGACCACCGCCAGAGAAGCAGUCGGAAAGCGUCGCCUGAGCCUCCUACGCCCGUCGAGUCUAGUGGGAAGGAAUUCAACCCCCCAACCGGCCCUCGUGCAAGCACCAACUUAUCUAGCAGGGGCGGCGGCUCAAAGGGCGAGUUCUCCAUUAAGGGUGCGAGCUCCAAGUCGAGGCCAUCCCGACGGGACAGCGAGAUGUCUGCCCCACGCCGCGGCUCCCAUGCUUCCACCAGCAACGCACCAAAGGGGGCCCCUACCGGGCCCGCCAAGGAUCCCCAUACUCUAGAGCGCGAGGCGCGUGAUCGCGAGCGACUGUUGAAAGAGGCUCAACGUAUGGCCGGCCUCGGUGGAGCUGCCGGCCUCAAGCGGGGGCGAGAGUCCAGUGACGACCGCGGCGGCCGCCGUAAGAACCGUCGCAGCGAGGCCGUCUACGGCGACGCGGAGGAGCGCAUGAAGCGUCUAGAGGAGGAGCGGGAGGGUGGACGAUGGGAUUAG